AUGACCGCCGCAACGGCGCCGUCUCCCUCGCCCGCUCCAUCAUCAGCCCCACCACCACUCGCACACACGCCACCCACGCGCCAGUCGUCCAGCGAUGCCAUCCACGCAUCCACCGAUGCAUCCACGACGCGUCGCCAUGAUCCAUCCACCUCGGCCUCGCCCGCCAUCGUGAGCGCUGCCGCCGCCGUCGACUUCACUUCCACCAAUCUCGGCACGCUGGCCAAACCCAUCGACCUCGCCUCACCGCCAGGCUCUCCGACCAUCGCGCCCGCCACCGCCGCUGCAGUCGCGUCCCAAUCCACGCGUCCGCCAUCCCAGUCGUCGGUCUCGCUGCCACGCGCCACCAGUGCGGCUCAGCCAUCAUCGGCACCUGCAACCGCCAGUGCCACACCGUUCGCAAACGCCGUCGCCACACCCACGCGCGUCUUGCCGCCGACGCCGCUAGGCAACGCACCCGACCGCGCAGCAGCCACGCCUUCCGCCACGCCCUCCGGCUCCGCGUCCAAGCAGAUCCAUCUGCCAUCGCCGUACAAGGCGCCGAGACUAGCUCAAGCUGGCGCCUCCGAGUCUUUUGCCACCGCCUAUCCAACCCAGGAAACGCGCCAAAAGUAUGCUUCGCCCUCCAAGCCGCUUGCCUCCGCCACGGGUAGUGGCGCCGCGACCCUGUCGCACAAGCGAUCCUGGCAGUCACCCUUGUCGGUCGACCUUGCCAACAAGAAGCUUCGUCCGACUCAUGCACCCAGCUCCGCGCCAUCCACCUCGACAUCCGCUGCCUCCGCUGCAUCAGCCGCCACGUCGUCUGCAUCCUCGAACCCCGCCCUUUCGUCGAGCUCAUCCGCAAUCACCACCGCGCGUCCGCUCUCCACCCUCCCGGCCACCGCAAGAGCCACAAACACCGCUUCCGGCAUCACCGUCACCAAUAUACCCAAGCCGGGCAGCCCGCUCUCUCGUCAGGCCGGCGUCGGCCCGCUCAACCUCGUCCCCGCCGUCCCGGGCACACAGCUGCCCGCCUCGACGCGCGACGAGUAUCUCUCCUUGCUCCACAAGUCCGAGCUCAUCGACCUCGUCAAACAGCUCGAAAGGCAGCUCCACGACUUGAGUGCCGCGCCCAUCGGCUCGUCGGCGCUCUACCGCCAGGCGCGCAUCUAUCCCAACCACAUCCACACCCAGAUCGACCGCCUCAAGGCGCGCCAGCGCAUCGAGUCGUCCAGGCCCACCUCCACCUCCGACCUCAGCCUCAAGGACGUCUACUCUCUCCUCAACUCGGGCACAUCCACCUCAUCCGCUGCCGCUUCCAUCUAUGCGCGAACACGUGCACCACAGCCGCGCUCCGCCACUUCCACCCCGACCGCACUCGCCCAAACCACGCCCACCGUGUCGUCUCUGCCCCGACGACCGCCUGCAACGACAUCGAUUGCAGCUCGGUCGGCAUCCACCGCUGCCCAGUCUCCAGCCCGUCCGCCCUCCAAAGACGCAGCACAAAACGCCUCCCUCACCAACCUCAUCAACUCGAUCAACGCCAUGGUCCGCCAACAGUCCCAGCCAGCACGCGGGCCCAACGGCGCUCCCCUGCCGCCGGCGCUCUCCGGAGCCAGUGCUUCAGCUCUGCGCGCUGGCGUCUCUGCCCCCGCCCCCGCCAAAGCACGUCAGCCACCCAUCGCACCGUCAUCCUUGCCAGCGGCUGCGCUUCGCAGCAUCGUUGGCGACGGGCCCAUGCCGUCCAACGCUGCCCUGGCAGCGGCCAUUGCCGCCCAUUUUGGCGGGAGUCUCCCUGGCAGCGCGGCUGCAACAACCCGUGCCACACCUUCCCCCACACCCGCGUCAACACCGGCAAGGCGGACUGGCGCGAGCGAAACCAGAGGCGCCAUCGCGCGAACGCAGACGACGUCCAACGACAGCAACCCACCCGUCACCACAGCCUCGCCGACGCCUGCACCCGGCAAAGACAUCUCCGACAAGAUCGCUGCUAUCCUCGGCUCGUCAUCCUCGGCGCACACUACCAUGCUGGGCCCUCAGGGCUUGCCGCUCGCUCCUGCUGCGGCUGCUCCCGCCUCGGCCUCCACUUCAGCAGCCCUGCCGAUCGGCAACAUUGCAGCCAUGCUGUCGAGCCUCGCAGGCCAGGACAAGGAAUCGAAUCUGUCCGCCAGUUCCAACAAUGCACAGUCGACAAGCGGCAUGCCAGCAGCCGAAGGCCAAGGCGGCGCCCUCGCCAGUCUCUUGCAGCAGCUCGAAGAGGCAAAGAAGCGCCUCUCGCCACAAGCAAGUCCGUCGCAGACAGCUGCGACGCCCGCAUCAUCGUCAUCCAGCGCUGCCGCUGCCCUCAGCGAUCCGAUCGCCAUCCUCACAGGCGCCAGCGCCAACCCAGUCUUUACGCCCACCUAUCCGGCUGGUACAGCGACGAGCCUCUCUCCCGGCAUGGCCAGCCAUCGAGACGCGUCUUGGUCGCCCGAGCCAGAGCCUGUCAUCGUUCAAGGACCACUGGGCACCAGCACGCUGCCCUCUUACGAAGACAUGAUCGUCGAAGGUCUGCGCGUCAUGGGCGAAGCACCGCCACGCACAUUGUUCAACUGGAUGCAGGUCACCUAUCCGCUCACCAAGAAGUUUCGUCCAUCGGCACAUCAGGCGUUGCAAAAGGCAUUCAAGCGAGGCAGGUUGCUCAAGACCGGAAGCAUGUAUCGCAUCAAUCCAUCGUGGUCGAGUCCCGGCGAAUCCAGAAAGCCGACGCGCCGGCCCCAGGUCGGCAGAGACCACCCCAUGGUCACGCCGGGCCUCAACGGCGAAGUGCUGGCCGUCAGCCCGCUCAAGGACAGCCAGGCCUAUCGCAAUGUCGGCGACUCUGGGCUGCGACCGACCGGCAAAGGCGCGCGUGCGGGGCCGCGUCCGUAUGGACAACCGGGCGCAGCGCCGCUGGCGAACCCUGCGAGCAGCAUAUUCCAGAACGGCUCGGCGGCGUCGAUCAUCCUCGAGUACCAGAAACGAACGGCCAAGAAGCUGGACGCCGACUCGGUCAAGCAGCUCUACCAGCUCAUCCGUUCUGGACCCAGCGAUGGCCCGGCCGAGGAGAUGCUCGCCUACCUCUUGACGCAGACGGGCUAUCACGAUGCUGCUGCUACCGCCACUGCGGCGGCGGCGGCGCAGUCGGCGGCUGCGACCAUGCCGCAAUACAUGCGACCGCAUGCGUCGAUGUCCGCCGUGGCAGCGAGCCCAGUCGCGCCCGGAAGGAUGGGCGUCGCAGGUGGCACGAAUGCAGCGCAACGCCGUCUGCCGGUCGCCAAGGGACCCACGUCGCUACCGCUGCCGACGACAAGCGAGCCGACGAUGAUGCAGCAGCUGGCAAGCAUGCUCAACGAUCUGAGCUCUCCCAUCAACCCUGUGCUCGCCAAUUCGCUGCUCGGCCAGCUGAGCAGCAACGCCGCAGCUGCAGCGGCCGCACGCGCCGCCAACAUGCCCGCGAUGGGCGCGUCCGGCACGCUUCCCGCAGCGCCUCCACGUGCGACUGCGCCUACGCCCUCGGCAGCGACGUCGGCCUCGUCGCAGCUUGCAUCCGCGCUGUCAAGCUUGGCUGGCACUGCGCAACAGCAGGACUUGGACUCGGCGGUAUCCCAGACGCUUGCGGCUGCGCUGCAGCAGAUCGGAAGUGCGCCGAACACUGCGAGCAAGCCGGCCGUUUCCGACGAGAUCGCUGCGCCUCAGCCUGCCGAGACGGAAGGCCAAGCGGCAGCGGGCGUGGCGGGAGAAGGCGACGAGGCGCGCGAGCUGGAGGAGGGCAUCGACCUGGCCGAGUACGAGGAUGCCAUCCGUGCGCUCACGUCGGCGUUUGGAGGUGCGGACGAGGGCGACUCGGACGAGUCCGACAACGAGGCGGACGAGCGUGCCAUCGCAGCAGCCGAGGCGGAGCUGGACUCGUUGCCCGAAGCGGACGUCGAAGGCCACCUCGAGGAGCCGAUGGCAGCGGAAGGAGGAAGCGCGGAGGCCUCCUCUGCCGCUGCAGCUCCGCCCGCCAAGGGUCCCGAGGGGACGGCCAACAGUGCAGGGGGACCGGCAGAAGAGGACGACGAGGAGGAGGAGGACGAAGAAGGAGACGCGGAGGAGAUGGAUCUCUCUGCGGUCCUUCAGCAGCUCACGGCCUCGCUGCAGGCGCAUCAGGAGAGCGAAGCGGAAGCUCAGGGCAGCGACCUUGGCCAAGGUCAAGAUGAGGGCUCCGCUGCCGCAGCGGGAGCGGAAAACGAUGCGAGCGGAGGCGAUCUGCCCGAUCGACCGACGCAGCCGGAAGCCAUGGAGGUGGACCCAGACUCGACGAGUGCGCACGAGCCAGUCGACGAGGACGGAGCCCCGGACGGGGCUCAGGCUGUUCGAGAUGCGGCCGAGGAGCAAGUAGAGGGAGGCGAUUCGGACGAUCGCGACGCGGCAUCGUUGCAAGCGCAGUUGGAGGCGCUUGUUGCGAGCCUCGCUGCCAACGCCGGCAAUGCUGAUGACGACGAUGAAGAGGAAGAGGACGAGGAGGAGCCGGAUGAGCAGGGACAAUAG